AUGGAAUGGCCGCCGAGAUCAAAGACCAAACUGCUAGAGAAUGUGAAACACUCUGCAGUUCCAGACCAAUUCGCUCAGCAAGGGCCCAUUGUGAAGAAGUGCUUAAAAAGUACGACGUACAGAAGCAGGGCCGAUGUUUGUACAACAACAAUGAAGUCCAAUGCGUUGAAAGUUGCCGUGAUAUCUUGCUCCACGGAUGGCAAUCGAACGUCGAUGGGCAUAUCUAUCUUAGUAUCAUGCCACUGGAACAGGCCCUCUGCUCAUCACCAUCACACCGUUCCAUUACACCAUGCCUCCAGCAAAAAAGGGCAAGCCACAAUACUGUGGAACACUUACCCAAAGAUGCGACUCGGUCUCUGCAUCCUGUUCGAGAACUAUCCGCACAUCAACGGACCACAGAAGUUGAAGAUCUUCAACAAGGUCUUCGCAGUCGAGCUCGCUGCGUGUGGCUUUCCCUCAGGCGUACCAGAUAAGGACUACGAGAAGGUCAUGGUCCAAUGGCGCCAUCGACGCAAGGGGUCCAGCGCUCAUCUCUGGCGCGACAUCACCACCAACCCAAGCACGGACGAGGGACGCGAAGAGGUCAAGGCGCUCAAGGAAAAGGUGAAGGAAGCUGCUGCUGAGCUUGGCAUUGCUGAGCAGAGUGACGAGCCUUUAAACGAGGAGAGCAUAGAAUCGCAAGCGUAG